AUGGCCUCCCUCUUGUCGGGAUUCACGAACACGAAGAAGGUCAACGACCUCGCACGCAACACGGUCGAGGUCACGCCCGGAGCAAACCUUACGACUGACCAUGGAGUGAAGAUCUCCAACACGGAUGACUGGCUCAAGGUCACUGACGGUUCGAGCACCGGCCCCAUGCUCCUCGAGGACCAGAUCGGCCGCGAAAAGAUUCAUCGCUUCGACCAUGAGCGCAUCCCCGAGCGCAUCGUACAUGCUCGCGGCGCAGGCGCUCACGGUUACUUCAAGGUCUUCGACGAUCGGGCCGCCAAAUACACCUAUGCGAACGUCAUGACUGAUGCAAGUCGCACCACACCUGUCUUCGUUCGCUUCAGUACGGUACAGGGCUCUCGCGGCAGCGCCGAUACCGUUCGCGACGUCCGCGGAUUCGCAGUCAAGUUCUACACGGAAGAGGGAAACUGGGACAUCGUUGGAAACAACAUCCCUGUAUUCUUCAUCCAGGACUCUAUCAAGUUCCCUGAUUUCGUACACGCCGUCAAGCCGGAGCCUCAUAACGAAGUUCCUACUGGUCAGAGCGCUCACAAUAACUUCUGGGACUACGUUGGCCUCCAGCCUGAGGCUACGCACAUGGUGACAUGGGUGAUGAGCGAUCGCGGGAUCCCGCGGUCGUAUCGUAUGAUGCAGGGCUUCGGCGUCAACACCUACACCCUUCAGAACGCUGCGGGCGAGCGCCACUUCGUGAAGUUCCACUUCAUCCCUGAGCUCGGCGUACAUUCGUUCGUGUGGGAUGAGGCGCUUAAGAUCGCAGGUCAGGAUCCCGACUUCCACCGCAAGGAUCUAAACGAGGCUAUCCUGAACGGCGCCCCGGCCAAGUGGACAUUCGCUAUUCAGGUCAUUCCUGAGGCCGACGAGCACAAGUUCGAGUUCGACAUCCUCGAUUCGACGAAGGUAUGGCCGGAGGAGCUCGUGCCGCUGGUCGAGAUCGGCGAGCUCGUUCUCGAUCGCCCCGUCGACGAGUACUUCUCCGAAACUGAGCAAGUCGCGUUCUGUACCAGCCACGUCGUACCAGGCAUCGGCUUUAGCGACGAUCCUCUGCUGCAGGGUCGCAACAUGAGCUACUUCGACACCCAGAUCUCGCGUCUCGGUAUCAACUGGGAGCAACUGCCCAUUAACCGUCCCGUCUGCCCUGUCAUGAACCAUAAUCGUAACGGCAAAUCCAACCACGAGAUUCACAAGGGAACGGUUAACUACUGGCCCAAUCGUUUGGGUGUGGGCGCACCUGUGCCUGCCGAGCAUGGUGGUUACGUUGAGUUCGCGCAGAAGGUCGCUGGGAUCAAGCAGCGCGUGCGAGGCGAGAAGUUCAAAGAACACUACAACCAGGCGGAGCUUUUCCUAAAUUCACUCACCGCAUACGAGAAGCAGCACGUCAUUGAGGCGAUCUCGUUUGAACUCGAUCAUUGCGAUGACCCCGUUGUCUACGAAUCGUAUACCAAGAUCCUUGCUCAGGUCAACUACGACUUCGCGAAGACCAUCGCAGAGAACGUCAGCGGCCAUCUCCCCGAAGACACCGGCUCUCUGCGCAAGCCGCACGGCAAGUCCUCGCCGUCGCUCUCCCAGGUGCACUUCAAGCCUAAGUCGCCGACCAUCAAGUCGCGUCGCAUCGCCAUUCUCGUCGGUGAUGGCUUCAACUACGCGGAGAUGGAGUCCGUUCGCACGAUGUUAAAGGCCGGCGGCGCUGUUCCAUUCCUCAUCGCCCCGCGCCGUGGCAAGAUCUUCCCGGCCGGUCAGCAGAAGGGCGAUUCGGGCGUCAUGGCCGACCAUCAUUUCGAAGGUCAGCGCAGCACGAUGUUUGACGCGCUGUACAUCCCAUCUGGCACUGAGUCUGCGAAGACGCUCAUGUCGAACGGGCGCUGCAUUCACUGGGUACGCGAGGCGUUCGGCCAUCUCAAGACCAUCGGCGCAAUCGGCGAUGGUAUUGAGGUCGUUGCGCGUGCAGUCAAGACCGAGGUUCCAGAGAUCGGCCUCUCGAGCCUAGAUGACGGCCAUGUCAAGGUCUCCUACGGUGUCAUCUCGACCGGGAAGUACAAUGGUGGUUCCGCAGUCAAAGACGCGUUCAACAUCGCCACGGGCGGUGAUAAGGGCUUUGUCUCGAACUUCGCGUAUGAGCUGAGCAAGCACAAGCACUACGAGCGCGAGCUUGACGGGCUGGCUUCUAAGGUCGCGUAUUGA